AUGACACUUAUCCACUUUAGCUUUUGCUCAGCUUUUAUUUUAGGAUUAACAGGAUUAGCCUUAAACCGCUCUCCUAUCCUAUCGAUCCUAUUAUGCUUAGAGGGAAUACUACUAAUAUCUAUAGAUGGUAUCGUGCUUACACCACUUCAUUUAACUAUCUAUCUCUCAUCCAUAAUACUAUACAUUAUACUACCUUUUGCAGCACCUGAAGCCGCAACUGGACUAAGCCUUAAUAGUGACCACUACACGACUCAUGGAACAGAUAAAUUAUUUAGCCUAAACCUCCUAGAAUGUUAA